AAACCAAUCUGACUGGGACAGCGAGCCAAGCCGAGCGUCUGCGCUGUUUGAUCGUCUUGCAUUUUUAAUCGCGGCGAAGAUGACAGUCGAGAAAGACACGCAUCUGCUGUGAACAGUUUAUUGUGAAUACGAAACAAUCGCUGCGCCGUUACACACGCGGCUCGAGGAUAAAAAAAACCAGGACGAGAUCAACCUGCAGCGGAGAAGCGACCGUCGACAUCUGCGCAUGAUGCACUGCACCACUUUUGAGAAAACCGGUAUUUUUAGCCUCAUUCUCCGGAUAGAGUAUCUGAUCCGAGAUGUCGGUUGGGUUCUUUAGCCACCGUGUCGUUUGAAAUUGCGCUGGACUCCCCAAACAACAACAUCCCCACCUGGCGACCUAACAACAUGGGGCCCAUCAUGCAGGAACACACAGCAUCCACGACACUCAAACGCAUCGUCGCCAAAGAGAAGAUUCGGGGGAAAAACACUGAAAAUAGCGGACCAGUAACCAGUUCAAAGAAAGGUAACAAGAUGAAGAAAGCAGUGAGCCAAAUGAAAAAUGGCCUCCCAGGACCAGGUCAGGAUAAGGACACAGUGACCACAGUGCAGAAGGGUGCACAGUCAAAUGGUGGAAGGGUCAAAUGUGGCUCUUCACGGAACACAAGCAAACUCUCCAGCCCUGAAGACGGAGAAUCGAGACCUCCACUCCGCAAACACUCAUCUGUGCAGAGGAAGGAGGAAAAAAUAGAAAAUCAGCGCAUGCCACAGUGCGGCAAUGAGCUACAACCGAAUCGUGCUGGGAUGGGGAAAAAUCGGCGAGCCCUCUCCCUGCCCCUCUCCCCGAUAUCGGGGCUACGACACAUGCCAAUGCACCCCCUAACGCACUCCCCAGCCCCCACCCCGGAGGCACUACAGAGGCACUACAACCAGAAGGAUGAGGACACUGACAGUGCCAGUGAUCUGUCAGACUCAGAGAGGCUGCCUGUGCUGCCCUCCCCCUGUACCCCCUGUACCCCUCCUCACCUCAACCUGCGAGCAGAGGUCAUCGACAGUAAUGACUUUCCGCCGGACAUCCCAGGACCCCAUGGGACUUUUGGUGAUGAAGAUGAGAUUGAAAAACCCAGCUACAGUUACCAAGAAUUUCUGCCUCCUCCCUUCAACAGCUGGAGCCUGAGACAGCUGGCGGUGUUUCUUCAUACAGAGGGCCGUGGUGCCCCCCGCCCUAAACCCGUAGGGAGCUUGGAGAAGUACCUGGAGAGGCUGCUGCAGCUGGAGUGGCUCCAGAUCCAGACGGUGCAAGCCGAGAGCAGUCGUCCACCUGGGACUCGUGCGAGGCCACAGAGCUUCCCCUCUGCCACCACAGCUCACCAACCCAGGCCUCACACAGCUCCCCCAUCUCGACUCAACUCCCCUAAAGGGUUGCGGCAAAGCCAGCGAGCCUUCCCGUUUGCACCUGUUAACAACCCCCCAUCACCUGCCUCAACUCAGCACCAGCUCUCACGCUUUCCAGUUUGCCCUCACUGUCACAUUCGCUACCCGAUGUGCAACGGAAGCUGCUCUGCCUAUGCCUACCAGCGGCACUCAAGGCUUAGCCCACUGCUUGAGCGCAGAGCUGGACCCGGGGCACCGGCGAAGCGGAGCAGCAGCGAAACCCGAGCACCUUCCACCGACGGCAGGAGCCCAGGAGGACAAGGUGGGGGUGGAGGAGGAGCCCAGACCCCAGUUAGCCCCUCGGCCGGAAAGAGUCAUCUCAGGCACAUGCAGGCCGCAGGCAACGCCAGAAAACAACCCCAGGAAUCUGGGACAAACCCAAAUUGUAGAGGUCAGGUCAGGAAGAGCCGCGUCAGAGCAAACUCCGAGACGGAUGUUAAAAAGGUGCCCGGUGACAUAAAAGGAGCCAGUGCAGAUAAACGCGUUUUAACCGCAAGUAAAAGAGAGGUCAUCACCUCUAAGAGAGGGGAGAAGGAGUGGCAGAAAGCAGAGGUGGGAGGUCAGGCCACUAAAACCUCCAUGAAAAGAGCUGCUAAAGAGCCACCAUUGCUCUCCAAAGCCCCGCUCAGUAAUAAGCAGAAUGUAAAAACAAAAAAUGUGCACUUUGUUGCAAAGUAACCCGCGUAGAUCUUCAGUGUAGUGCUUUUACUCACUAGUUACUUUGUACAGGAGCUUCAAUCUAUGCUUGCUUUCUGUGUAAUCUGUGCAAUACUAACAUGUUGUAACUGUUGUACAGCAGUCUAAAUCAAUCAGUGGUGUGCCGCCUUUAAAAGGUCAAAACUAUCCAGACACAGAGUAGCUAGAAUAGAGAUAAAAUCACAUUUAUGACACUAGAACAGAAGUAUAUACACUGUGUUUAUUUUCAAAUGUACAGUAAUUCUAUCAUCAGGCUGUGUUUUGACACAAUGUUCAUUAUGAACCUGAACACAACUAAUGAUUCUAAAAAAGACAGCUCUUAUAUAAACUAAACCCUGUUGCACUGCAUUCAUCUCUUAAUGUGCUACUGAUAUUGAAAUAAGCAUUAAAUAAGCAUCUAUUAUACUGUCGGACAGCUUCCAGCAUUAGUAAUCCAUAGUGAAGUUUCACACAAACCAUUACAUGUUACUCAUUUAAGACGACCGUAGCCGUUACUAGUGGAGUUUUUGAUGUUGGAAUGUAUUUGUUUUCAAGGCUUUCACAUUACUUGAUGUUAAAAUAUUUUCUUUAGUGCCUCAUCAUUUAAGACACAUAUUCAGUUAAAGCAUCUUUGGCUGAAGAGAAGGGGGCACAGUGAGUGGUGUGUACUGCAGUAAUGUAGUUUGUUUCAGAUAUAUUUGUACAAUUGGUUUGACAUGUUCGGUUACAAGGGCUUUUCAUGUUUGAACAGCUUGAUAACAAACUGUAUUUUGCAUAGAGCUGAGCUCUUUAUAUCAUUGAAGAAGAUGGUGAAAUGUUUGCUACGAAUGUAAAAGCAUAUUUUUCCAAAUUUUAUAUGCCAUAGUUAUAUUUAUGAAACGUGUUGUGGUUGACUUGUUUUCAUCAUGUUCAUUCUUUUGUUUACAUCAUGCACAGAAAGAGAAAAAAUAUUAAGUAAAAGAGCUGAAUGUAUAUUCUUGUCUACUGAUGCUGUACCAUUGUCCAUUCUGAGGAUUCAGUGAAAUUCUAAAUGCAUCAUUAAUGUUUGGCUGGAACAACACUUGAAGUCUUUAGAAAACCAUGUUUACAUUAGUGUCUCAUGUGUUUCUUGUGAUUUACCAUGUGCAAAAGAUUAAUUAGAACACUUCGGCAGUGUAAGUGACAUCUAUCUAGACUGCACCACUUUACUUCACAUUCAUGUAAAGUAUCAAAGCCAUAGAUCAGGGGCCGGGGGUGGCGCUGGUAUUAUUGAUGUGUACGCUAUUGACACGCACGCAGAAAGAUUGUGGUACGUAUUUUCUCAAUGUUGAAUGCAAGUAUUUGUAAAGCAAAGAAAUAAAUGUUUUGCACACAAGGGGCUAAACCAUUCA